UUUGCUGUCUAUGGGCGCACGGCAGACGCUAGCCGCGUUUGAAUAUUGUUGCCUUUAUUAAGUCCCGCAUUCUCUAAACGAACUAGGAAAAUGCUGGACGAAUUCAGUGUCAAGCUGUGUACUCUUGUGCAGAUGCACCCUGCGCUUUAUGACAUAUGCAAUGAUGGUUUUCACGACGAAGAGUCUAAGACGAACGCUUGGCAGGAGAUCGCCGGGGAGCUUGGAGUAGCGCAGUCCAAGUGCGUGAUCAAGUGGAAGUCCUUGAAGCAUCAGUACGUGAAGGCAAAGAAGGAAGAGAAUACAACGUGGGACCUGUGGCCUUAUCUUCAGUUUCUCGAGGAAACGGCCGCAGCGAAAAGCAAUCCGAAGAAACGUAAGCGUGAGAGCAUGGCGACACCGAGCAAGAUUCAGGCACCUGCUCCAGCCGACGUUGAUAUGCCCAGUGCUGAUAGCGCAGGCAUGGAGCACGUGGAAAUAAAAACAGCAUCCAGGAGUUCUCGCUCGACACGGACUUCUACAGUCUACAAGGAGACGGUUAUGACGCCUACAAAGGGCACAUUUUCUGGUGCUGAAAGUGGCACCCCACUGCAGCCUGUGGCAACUGCUUCAACGGCAAACCCUGAAAAGAAAGAAGCAAAAGUAGGCAUGGCAAGGACUGCUCGUUCAAGAAGGGCGUCAUCAGUUAAUAAUGCUGUUGGUGAUAUGGACUUCACCGAGACUGGCACGCCACUGCAAGCUGUGGAAACGGCUUCCUUGGUUCAUUUCGAUGAGAAUGCAACCACUGAUCCUCCUCCUGCAUCCCAAGGCGACACACAUCAAGCAAAUGGCACUUCAUCUGGCACUCCUCUCAAGGAGGCGGCAGUCCAUUCACGUGGGACAGCCAAGGCGUCAAGUACACCGGCGAUCAUGCAGCCAGAGGUUGUCUUGACGCGCAUACCCAUGCCAUCUCACAGGGCUACCCAUGAUAAAAUGCCUGCAGUGCAGCCCGCAGCAAGUGCACAGGAAGCUACAGUGUCGCAAGCAGUCAACCGCAAGUGGACCCCGAGAAAGAUGGCCGCAACAUCAGCAGCUCCCUCUAAGGCGACUGCAGCAUCGCCAGUUCCCCCUAAGGCGACUGCAGCAUCGCCAACUCCUCCUAAGGUGACCACAGCAUCGCCAGCUCCUCCUAAGGUGACCACAGCAUCGCCAGCUCCUGCUAAGGCUAGACUGAGCAGCACACCUCGGGGAAGACGAAGCAUGAGGGUUGCACUUGCUGAAACGAUUUUAGAAGUUCAGGAGGACGACGCCCAAGUUGAACCACCUCAGCCUAAGCGCCAAAAAACCGAAGGAAAUGGUGUGGAGGCCAACAACCCGCCAGAUGCACUAGCAGACAUCAAGUUCGAAGCCGCGCUGGACCAAAAGUUCUUCAAGCAGCUGAAAGAAAAGCUUGAUAAGCUCAGGCCUGAAGUUGCAUCAACCAUGAAAGCCAGCAUUUUCAGAAUGCUAGAUGAGGCAGCAGAUAAUUGAGGAUUUCUAUCUAGCCGUUCAUUAUUUUUUACCUUCGAGUUCAUAAGAAUAUUUUGGUUGUAUAAAGUAAGGUGCUUUCUUACACAAGGAACAAUUCAUGGGGAGCUUGGGCAAAACAGUACCUUUUUUGGCAAUGCAUUGACAGUGUAUUUUAGUACUGCAAGUUGUGUGGCUUUUUCUUGCUUUGCAUACAUUGCAAUUCUUUUUGUUUUUUUUUAAUUUUCAUUCCUUUAAAUGUUGGAAUUUUAUAUUUUAGAAUCUCAAGUUUAAAGGUGAGACAAAUUUUUACACCAGCA